AAUACCAAUACUACAAAGCAAGAAAGAGUUAAAGAGCAACCCCAACGUAUAUAAUUCCAUUAUUCCUUUCUUUCCAAACUCUCAUCCAUAUUCUUAUUGAUAUUUUUCAUCUUCUUUCUCAGUUCAUUUUAUUCAAAAACUUUAUGGCUUCUUACAACAGCAUUCACCAAGAGGGAAUUGAGAAGAAAGAGCCAACUCCUCUGGAAAAGCAUGUUAUGUUCUUUGAUAUCAACAAGGAUGGAACUAUUUACCCUUGGGAAACUUAUCAAGGUUUUCGGAAAAUUGGAAGUGGUAUUUUCCUCUCCAUUUUCGCCUCCAUUUUUAUUAAUGCUGGCCUCAGUCGCAAAACUCGACCUGGGAAAUGGCCUUCUUUACUGUUUCCUAUUGAAGUGAAGAACAUCAAAUUAGCAAAGCAUGGCAGUGAUAGUGGCGUCUAUGACACUGAAGGAAGGUUUGUUCCCGAAAAAUUCGAAGAGAUAUUCAGGAAACAUGCACGUUCAAAUGGAAACGCCUUGACAGCCCAAGAACUGGAUGAAAUGCUCAAGGCAAAUGAGCAACCAAAGGACUCUAAGGGACGUAUUGCUGCUUUAUCAGAGUGGAAAAUCCUUUAUUUCCUUUGCAAAGACAAACAUGGAUUGUUGGGAAAAGAAAAGGUUAGAGGUGUUUAUGAUGGUAGCCUAUUUGAACAGAUGGCAAAGGAGCACCAAUCCAAGAAUUGCAAGUUAACUUGAACAGGAAAAAAAUCAGAGCUAUAUGAAAACUGGAAGGCUCUUGCAAAUGGUCUGCUGCAGUUGUGCCUUUGUGUGUAACAACAAUGUACAAAUACGUAAAGUUGAAUCUGGUGGACUUUCAUAGUAUUUGUAAUUGUGGAAUAUUCUCUGAACUGUGUGGAUCGGAAGUGACACUUUAAUUGUUUGUUCUUUUCUCUUAUUCUUGUUAUCAAUAUGAAAUGCCUACAUUUUGCGUGCAUGAAA